UUAAGUGUUAAGAGGUCGACACGGGUUCUGACGCAGGCAUGUUGAUGUGGAUACUGGAAAAGAAUUUUCUGUUAGAGCCUUAGAGUCAUUCAGUUGUCGGAAGUAUACCGGUGUCUUUGAGUCUAUAUGUCUGUUCGAGAACUGUUACUGCUUUUUCAUGUGUAAUCGUUUAUAGUCAGCUUCCUAGGGGCUAACAGUUUAACACUUAGAAAAAUCGUAUGACCAAUUCUGAAAAUAAAAGGGAGAAUCAACUAAGCCAUUCCAAUCGGUUGGAGAACGUCAGUCUGUGGAAAUAACGGAAAAUAUCGUCGAAUUUUUCCAUAGUUGGAGACGAUAUUGUAUCUUCAUUGAUACUAUCCACCAUGAAGCUGUUGUUGACUGCGCUGGUGGUCGUGGCAUGGACUGCAUGCGUGAGUGGCAAGCCAACUGCACGAGAACAAGAACUUGUUUCAGGCGUUGAUGCAAGACCUGUUAAUGAGGAAGACAGUUUGUAUGACGCAGAUCGACGGGCAAUCCUUGCUAAAACGAAGAGAGCUUUUGGGGCGAACUCCAAGGUGGGAAUACCUGCUGUGUAUACUGGGAAAUCCCUUGCGGACUACAAUGAAGUCCAUGAUAUUGAAACUAACAAAGUUUCAGAUUCUCCCGCUAGAAGUACUCAAGAAGCGAAAUUCAAGGUUUCUCCAUUCGAAGAAAAUUUCGCCAAUGAUAGCGAAAAUUCAUCCAAAACUCAGUCUAUGAAGGUGGAAAAAGCAAAAUUAAAAGAUUAUAUUGAGGGAAAUAAAUUGACAAUGGAGUACAAUAGUCCAGAAACGGAGCUCAAAAGGCUAGUGAAAAAUAAACCUCCUGCAAGGCGUCGUGUGAAUAGGAGAAGAUCUUCAUUAGGCAAGAGACGCAAGUUCUCGUGGUUGAACUAGAAAAGAUUUCCGUAAUAAUCGGGGCUGAGUGAUUUAAAUGCCUCAAUAAUAACUAAUUACUGUCAUAAAUAAUUAAUUGAUGAAGGACAAAGAAAUAAUUUAUAUGCAUCAAGAUGCCUACAAAAUUGGGCUAAUUUAUUCAUUAAUGGUUCCAUCUUCAAUAUUUUAUGUUUCUUUUUUAAAAGGUAAACAUUUGCAAAGACACAGUCAGUGGUCCUUAUCAGUAUUACAAUUUAUUUAAUUACCAUUUAGAGGGCUGAUCUCUAUAAAUUAUAUACUAUAGAAAUGAUAUAUUACAUAAUAUAGGAAACAUAACUCAAUAUUUUGCCUCUAUACUGCCUUGCUUGUGCCUGUAGACUGUCACUAAUUCAGGAGCUACUCAGAAAAAAAACACAUGUAUAGAAAAUGUUAAGAUAAAAUCGCAAGUGUAUUGUAUACAAAAAAGUGUUAUGUAUAUUAAAAAUAUUUGCAAUAAAAAAUUCUGUUUUAAAACAAACUCAUGGAUCAUUUAAAGAUCGAUUUCUUUUAGGUAAGAAAAAAAAGCUUAUAAAAUAUCACCAGGAGCUUCAUAGUUCAUUAAAUUUGAGUUUAUUAAAUUCUUCAUUCUCACAAAAUUUUGGACGAUUUUCUACAUUGUAUUCGGAAUAUAUAUUAAUAAUAUGAAAAAUUAUAAGUUAAAAUACUUUGGAAUGAAAACAUUUCCCACCUAAGAAAGAUUACCUAGCCAUUAGCGUGAGAGAGAACUUUGCUGUAUAAUCUCGAUGUUUUGCUCAACUUAAGCUUAAGAGAGAACUUUGCUGUAUAGUCUUGACCUUUUGUUCAAUAGCCAUUAUAGCACGAGAAAGAACUUUGCUUUCAUCAUCGUCCUUCAGCUCAGUUGCAGUGAAAGCGUAUAUGAUCACGCAUUCCACCAAGCAAGAUAGAAUUUUGGCUUAAAAUUUCGAGUAAUGGAAUUGGCAAAUUAUAAUUUUUGCUCGUCUCUAUAUGGAUGAAAUAAUCAUUUGGCGCAAUUGUUUGAAAUAGACAAUUUCCGAGCGCACAGGAAUUAGUAGCUUAUUUUAUUUAUUCCAUGGUGGACCAGAAACUUCUGGGCCUCGCAUGAUACCAGAAGAUCAACAGUUCUGCUGCAUAUGUAAACGUCGCUCAUUAAGCCACUCGUUUUGCCUACUGGCAACCAAACUGCUGUUAAAGACAUUUUUCUUAUUUUCGGUAAAUAGAAGACACGAGCUUUUUCUGCAUCCCAUUCCUAAAAGCUGAAAGCUGUGUUAGACUUAUUAUGAGACGCACUCGUAAAUUAAACUAUAAUUUCAAUUGCGUAGAUAAAAAUGUGCCGGAAUAAAUAUUUCUAUAACAAAAUUAUAAACAUUUUAGUGGACUUCAAUGCAUUUGGUGAACUUGACCUUGGUACGUGUACUCACUAUAUAUAGACUGCAGUUAGUAAAAUUGUCACACAACCUGACAUCUCUCUUUUAAUUUCAAUAUAGUAGUUCGUUCCACAACGUUUUUUAUAGAAUUUGUGCUGCUGCGUGUUAUUUGUUUUUCUACGACCUGAAAAUUUCCAUAGGUUAUAUACUAUAAUUCAGAGUCUCUUUUGAAACUAUGAUGAAGGCUAAUAACGAACUUCAAAGAGGUAUAUAGUAAAAAGGUGAAUUUUCUGACAGUGAGAUUUGAUAUUUCAGUGGAUAUUUAAUCAUUUAACAUAUCCAAACAAUCAAGUACGCGUAUGUACAAUAUAUUUUACAAUAAUAACUUUAAGUAUUCGUUUGGCAUACCCUUUUGACGGUUAUGUUCGUUCCCUCAUCACGGUUUUGUUGGUGAAGUGUAGAUGUAUUGUUGAAGAAUCAGGUUAAAAACGAAGUUCCGAUCGUCAUUGUUAUAUAAUAUAAAGUGAAAACUCGGCCACAUGUUUAAAAUUAUGUAUUCUUCAACAGAGUCAAAAUUUGUAUUACUUAAACAUUCUCAUCUUGCCAUAGGCUAUAUGAUUACUUCUUCUUGUAAUUCAGCCAAUUUAUAGAGUAACUAUUUUUACUCACCUUUUUUUGACUUUUAAUUCUUUUUACUCUCAUCAACGUAGUUUACUAUAUGAGGUCUUCUGUAAUGACCCAAUUGUACGUAUCAUUCCAUAUUAUUAGUGUUAUUUGCAUCAGAUUACUUUAUAUAGGAUUUCUUGGCUGGGGAAAAUACGUUUUAUUACAUGACCUCCUUGGGGGUC